GUCCGUCGUGUUUGCCGGCUCACUAUGUGAAAGUUUGCCUGCGGGGGGCGGGGCCGGGGGGGGGGGGGGGGUAGUCAAAGGUUUGUCGUCCCGUUUGACUCACUCUCCGUCCACUUUACCGGCUCCAGGUGAGUGCGUUUCCUUCGACACGAUGGGAGAGAAAGGUGAAGUUUCCGCCGUCGGAGCCUCCCGAGCAGCGGAGAGCAGGAAGAUCAUCAACGUCGUUUACCUCAUCACCGCUUUGGACAUAACAUGGAUAUUCUUACAGCUUUCUGUCACCCCUUACUUGGCAAAGAAACUCGGCUUCGACACUUUGUGGCUAGGUUAUUUGCAAACCACGGUGGGCGUCAUUCAGCUGUUGGGGGGUCCGGUGUUUGGAAGGUUUGCGGAUCUGUUCGGGGCGCGGACGGCCUUGUCUCUGGCCUGCUCCUCGACCGUCGUGUUCUUCCUGCUGCUGGCCGUCGCGAACCAUCCCGCCAUGCUGUUCAUCCACAAGAUCCCCACAGUCUUCAUGCACGUCCUGCCCGCCUCUCAGAUGGUUGUCACGGAUCUCACCGAACCUGAGAAACGGGCCGACGCUUUGUCCAAACUCGGCCUGUGCUUUGGCGUCGGUAUGAUCGUGGGCUCCAUGCUGGGCGGACACCUCAACACGCGCUACGGGGAGACGUUUACCGCCUGUUUUGGUGCCGUGGGCAACGUGUUCAGUUUACUGUUGGUUUUAAAGUUCCUCCCGAGAACGACCAAAGAUCCGAGAACCAACACGGAAAGCGAGAACAAAAGCAAGUCGAUAUUCAACCUGCGAGAAAUCACGAGACUGAUGAAGUUCCCGGGUGUGACGCCGACUUUCCUUGUGAAGAUCGUCGCAGGCCUCCCAUCAGGAAUCUUCCAGGUCAUGUUUUCGGUCAUUGCGAUGGAAUUCUUCAAGCUGCAGCCUGAGCAGAACGGCUACAUGAUGGCCUACUUGGGCAUCGUCCAAAUGGUCAUUCAGGGAGGAGUGCUCGGCCCGCUGACGGUGAGAUACUCGGAGAGCUCGCUGCUGAUCAUGUCCAUCGGACUCACUUCUCUGGUGGGACUGGCUCAGGCGUACACGCAGAGCGUGUUCUGGUUCUGCGUCAUCGUCAUCCCGAUGAUGUUUUCCCUCAGCGUGUUCAACGUCAUCACGGACAGCAUGCUCACCAAGAGCGUUCCGUCCUCGGACACAGGCACGAUGCUGGGGCUCAGUGCGUCCGUUAAAAACCUGCUCCGCACCGUCGGCCCGACCGCCGGAGGCUACCUGUACAUGAACUACGGCCAGUCCUCCAUCGGCCUGAUCCAGUUCCUCGUGAAUAUGGUCGUGUUUGUUUAUCUGCUGCUGCGUCCGCUCAAGAGGACGGAAGCGCGGAAGGAAUGAAAAGGACUCCAGCGGAAAAAAAUCAUGUCCGGACGCUUUCGGGGGUGUUCGUCGUUCACAUGGGACCAAAACAAUUCUAAAAAACGCCAGCAGGAAAAAAUUGCGGCAACAUUCCGCGUGACGUCUGGGUGGAGCGUGACGGAGGCAGGACGGGAUGACAGUUCCGCUGCGGAAAACAGUGUUUCUCAUUUUGCGUCAUUAAGACGCUCACUUCCUGCAGUAUUCUCAAAUGUGGGCUCACUUGGACAUGGUGCGACAUUUCCUGGAAAGGAAGUGUUCCACAACAUGUGUUCUCACAUACAGCCCCUCAGGAAAAGUUCUGGACUUCACUUUGUGUCUGAAAGCAGCCCCUUAGCUUAUAUAUAUAUAUAUAUUAUUAUUAAAUAAUAUUAUUAUUGAAUAUAUAUAUAUAUAUCUUGGCAGAGAUGGGAAUCAAUAUUUGACUCUAGGAAACCGUCGUUUCCACACUUCAUUCUACAGCAGAUACUCAAACAGUCGUUUACAUGAUGUCAUUCAUAUUCCAUCUGUUGUUCCAGUGUCUGGUUCGAGGCGCAAGACCGAACCACUAGGUGGCAGCAAAUCAUUUCACCUGACGAUGGUUUUAUCAUUCCAGUGUUCAUCAUCCAUCCGUUUUAAAUCAGUUUGCUGUUUUUAUUAUACACCCUAAAAAAAAAUUGAACUAACUGACCAAUCAAUCGUCGUCGUAUCAGAAAAUUUUGUGAUGAUGUUUAUGUUCUUGGGUCGUUCAUGUUUUAAAAUGAUUUUACGCUUUGUACAUUAACGUAUUCCUCAAUUCCAAAUCUAAAAUCUUAAAUCAUUUUGGAUUAACUUGGAACUUUUUUGUGUCUCUCGAUGGUCUGAAUACAUUUUCAGAGGCUAAGUAGAGUCAAGAUAAAAAGUCAUGACAUUAAAUAGUAUUAAAAAAAAAACAACAACAACAUUAAAGUGAUGAGAAAUGUGUUCAGGUCUAAAAACUACAGGAUCAACCUGGAACUUAGACAAUUACAUGUUUUUAUUUAAAUCAUCUGUUUCCCCUAAAAUGAAACACUGGAUCAAAGCGGUUGCACAUUUAUUUUCUUCUUACAAAGUCAAAGAUAGAAAAACAUUCUCUGUCAGUCUGCAGCAACAACACACUCGGCACCACUGGUGGAAAGUAACUCAGUGUAUUUAUUCAAAUACUCUACUUAAAGUACACUUUACCGAUGUAUUUACAUUUCCAUUGAGAAAUUAUGGAGUUUUUUUAAAUUUAUCCGACAACUUAAAUCUGCUACGAGUUACUUUUCAGUAAAGAUGAGAUUCAGUAUAACGACCUAAUGAAAACAACACAUCUCCCAAAAAG